AGGGAUAUUUAUUUAUAAACCUAAAAAAUCGCCAGUCGCUCUGAGUUCUCACAUAGUUCUUGUUUCAAUUCUUCUUCUUGUCGGAAAUUAUUGAAAAAGAAAAGAUGGUGUGUUUCUGUUUCUUGGUGGAUCAGAAGAAGAAGAUGAGAAGCAGCAAACCGGCGGCGGGAACGUGCUCGCGUUGCGGAGGCGGCGCAAGAAUCGCCGACAUGACCACUUCCACCCGGUUUUGUCUCAUCCCCAUCUAUUGGAGAUCUUGGAAAGCUGUCGUUUGCGGUUUCUGCGGCGCCGUUCUCAAAUCCUACCGAUGAGAUAUAUACCUUUUCCUCUCUUUUUUUUCGUGUUUAUAUAUAUAUAUAUAUAUAUGUACAUACGCAUAUACACACACAUAUAUGUAUGCAGUGUUUUAUGGAUUUCGUAGGCAUAUAUAUGAUCCUCGGAGAGAUCUAAGGGUUUGAUUUGUAUUCAAACCUCUUAUUGUCGAAAGAUUUUGUUCAUCGUAUAUAAUAAAAGACCUUCUGAUGUUUCAUAAAAUACAUGUAAAUAUUUCCAAAUUGGAUUCUUUUUUUAUUUACACAAUUGAUUCAGAAAACUCUAAUUCGGUUAUGCAUCAGUAA